AUGAGGCUUGAGCCUCUUGAUCGACCUCCCCCAGAGCCAAUUCUUGAUCCUGGACCGGGCUCCAAUGGUGUUGGUGGCGUUCUUCUUCGGUUCAUCCACGAUCUGGUGACGAUGAAUAGGCGAGCCUCCGCCCCAAGGAUAGUCAGGGUUGCUUGGAAGCUCAUCCUUCACUUCCGGGGGGCCGGCUACUAUGUCAGUUGGUGGGGGCUGGUAGAGGGGGCGUCCCCAUUUUCCGUUGAAAAACUCGUCGUCGUGACUGUCCAUGUUGUGGUAAAGGUGGAAGAUUUCACCAUCGAAUCAGCCACGGAGCCAUUGCAUGCCGAUUUAGUGGUCCAGCUUGACCAGGAAGAUGGUGAGGGUGUAGAGAAGGUCACUUCAGCUGUCACGCUUUCGGAGUUUGUGGGGAGAGAGCCGCUCCCAGUGAAUGGCGGAGAGGACUGCCCCGUGGAAUUGCUUGUCGGGGGAACGGCGAUCGUUAGGAGCGUUGUCUCAGAUACUGGGCUGCUGCUACUCGAGGCCCCGGCAGUGUCUUGGGCCUGGGUGGACUGGCCAGUGGGAAGCCCAAAGGUUGAGAUGGGUGAACCAUCUGAUGAGAUUCGGCUCGAAUUAGUCCAAACUCCUGACAAGGAGCUCAAAGUUCCCCCAAUUGGAGACCCAGAACGUGAUGAAAGGCCUGUUAAUGUUGUAAGAGUGUUCCCUGGAGUGGUCGACAAGCUGGAUAUGUUACGAAUUGACGCAAGAUUUGUUUCUGUGGGACUUGGGACUGUUCCUGGGGUUGCGCUCUCGCUGGUCGUAGAACCCUCCAUUGUGAUAGUUGAGGUCUCCAAAGCCGUGCGAGUAUUGGCCAUUGUUCGAGAAACGGGGCCACUUGAUGGCGAGGACCCUGUUGCGCUGGAUAGGGUAAUAAAGAUUGGCGAACUGAAGACUGGAGACGAACCGGUAGCUUCACUCGCCGAGGACUCUAUUGGGCUGGAUAGAGUGAUGAAGGUUGGCGAGCUGAAGGCUGGAGGCGAGUUGUUAUCGUCACUCGCCGAGGGCUUGGAAUCAGAAGAUCCACUGGUAUUUAUGGGAGACCCUACGCUGCUUGGCCAGCUUCCUGGAAUCGAAACCGUAAUAGUUACACCCGAGGUUGCUGGUGACGUCUCUCCACUACUUGGACUGUCGGAAAUACUGGAACCACUGCUCCACGUCGCACGCCAGGAUGUUGUCGAUAAUGUUAUGAGGCUGGGUUCCGGGGUACCUGUGACGAUUUGGCUCUCGGUUCUCGGAGACGUGAAUAUUUGA